CUCAUUGCAUUAAAUGUAUGACAUUUCAAAUUAAAGUUAUUUAUUAAUUUUUAUGAAACUAACAGCUUUAAUUUUAUGAACUGUGUGUUAUUUUAUUUAACCAUGUCUCUUAGUUAAUAUUUUGUUUAUUUGUGCAUCAGACACCUUACACAACUAAACUAAAAAUGUCUAUAUUGCUCGAGUUUGAGAAAGAAAUGUUGGAAAAUCUUCUGGAGGAUGAUUGUUUGAUGAUAACUUCCCGAGGAAUGACAUUAGAGAAGGUUGUCACGGAGUUUAUUCGGACGUAUAAUGCCCCAUCCAACCUGGUAUUUAUAAUCAAUGCAUCAAAUAAAGAAACGAAUUUUAUUCUGCAAUCGUUGACCAUUGGAUCAAAGCCUGAUGAUUUUCACCCUCGCUCGGUUACCUCUGAAUACAGUGUCAAUGAGAGGAAAAAAUUAUACCUUGAUGGCGGAAUUAUUUUUGUAACCUCAAGAAUUUUGGUUGUCGAUAUGCUUCUUGAGCGUAUUCCUCUUGAUCUGAUUACAGGCCUAAUUGUAUUUAAAGCUCACAAAAUUGAAGAUGAAUGUCAAGAAGCUUUCAUUCUUCGAUUAUACAGAAUGAAAAACAAAACUGGAUUCAUUAAAGGAUUUUCAAAUUUUCCGUCAGCCUUUGUCGGUGGAUUCAGUAGAAUUGACCGUAUCAUGAGAUUUCUUUUUGUUAAGAAAUUAUAUCUGUGGCCUCGGUUUCAUGCAUCUGUCAAUGCAUCACUUGGAAGUCGAGCUAAACCAGAAGUUAUUGAAAUAAGACUCUCAUUAAGUGAACAUAUGAAAAAUAUCCAAUUUGCAAUUAUGGACCUGAUUUCAAUGUGUCUAAAAGAAAUAUCCAAGGCGAAUGUUUCGUUUGUUGUCGAUAUUGAUGAAUUAACUGCUGAGAAUGCUAUAAGUCCUGGAUUUGACAAAUAUCUUCGCAAACAAUUUGACCCGGUCUGGCAUCAACUCAAUUAUCGGACGAAAAGAUUGAUCGAUGAUUUAAAACUUUUAGGUAGAUUGCUUCUAUCUUUAACCGAUGAUGACUGCAUCACUUUUUACAAAAUAAUCAAAUCAAUUCGAGAUAAUAUCAAGAUCGAUGCCAAAGUUUCUGAUUGGAUUUUUUGGGAACCAGCAGAAAUACUAUUUGUUAGUUCAAAGAAUCGAGUUAUUGAUUUUGUACAAAAUGCUAGUGACAAGCAUAUUGAAAUGAAUGGAAAGUGGAAUUCAUUUGUUGAUAUUGUUGAUGAAAUCAAUCAAGAAAUUAGUAAAAAAGAGACUGAUACUCAUGUCAUGAUCGUUGUAAAUGAUGAUAGAACUAUUUUGAAAUUACAAGACGUUCUUGAUAAAGGACCAAAGACUGUUUUAAACGAAAUUUAUAUCAAAAGUAAAUCAAUUCUCGGUGAUAUUGUAAGGACUAAUGUUCAAGCUGAUGAUGAUAUUGAAUUGAAUAACCCUCCAGCCAAACGUAGACGAACAAUUGAGUUAGAUCCUGGUAUUGUUACGCUCACUCAAAUUGUCCGCCAUUAUGACCAACUUGAAGAGGAGAAUAAAAAAGUUGGUCAACUCCAUUUACAUUAUCACGCUUCUUCUGAAGGAUACCUGCGAUUCGAGGAACAAUUAAUUCAAUAUGAACCCGAGUACUUCAUUCUCUAUGAUCCUGAUAUGGGUACAAUUAGACAAAUUGAACUUUACCAGGCUUGCAAAAUGUCUCCUGAACAAGCUAAAGUUUAUUUUUUUAUGUACGACGGUUCAUCAGAAGAGCAAAAGUAUUUAACAAGCUUGCGUAAAGAAAAGGAAGCCUUUGAAAGCCUAAUUAAAGCUAAAGCAUCUAUGGUUGUUCCAGAGAACAGAGAUGGUAAAACUGGUGAUAACCCUGAUUUAAUCCGACUAUCAUUUACUCAAGAAGUUUCAACUCGACAAGCCGGUGGUCAACAAACUCAAGAGUCAACUAAACAAUUAGUAAUUGUCGAUAUGAGAGAAUUCAGAAGUAGCUUACCUUCAUUAAUUCACAAGAGGGGAAUUGACAUUGAACCAGUUACUAUUGAGAUUGGUGAUUAUAUAUUGACACCAGAAACUUGCGUGGAACGUAAAUCAAUCAGUGAUUUAAUUGGUUCACUUAACAAUGGGCGUUUAUACAAUCAAUGUAGUGCAAUGACCCGUCACUAUAAGAGAUCAAUUAUUUUGAUUGAAUUUGACCAAAAUAAAUCAUUUAACUUUAAAGGUAAAUACUGGGGAUUAGGAGCACGUCGAUCAGAAACAGAUAAUCUUGAUGUAAUGGCUAAAUUGGUUAUAUUAACUCUACAUUUUCCUCUUGUCCGCAUAAUUUGGUCACCUUCACCUCAUUUUUCAGCCGAAGUUUUUGAAUAUCUUAAACAAGAUAAAGAGCAACCCAGUGCUGAGAAAGCCAUAUCAAUAUCUCAAGAACAACUUCCAGCGGAACAUUUUCUCGAUAAAUAUGAUGUUGGAGCAAAAAACCUUCUUCUCAAUUUACCAGGAGUUAAUUUAUACAAUGUUUAUGCGAUUAUGAAUAAGGUUAAAUGUUUCGCGGAUCUAGUUGAAUUGAAAAAAGACCAACUUAAUGAAAUAUUGCACAGCGAACAAAACACAAACGCUUUAUAUGACUGUCUUCAUUCAAAUUUAAUUACUUCUUGUGCGAAUGAUCAACUUGAAUUAGCCAAAGCCGCAAAGAAGAGUGUUUUUAAAAAAAUCAAAAAAAAGUGAUGUACAUAGAAUAUCUUGGAAUUUCAUUUUGCACGAAUAAAAUUUUAUCCUGUUAUAAGCUAA